CAUGAACCCUGCGCGAAUGUUUGACUCGUCAGUACAAUGAUAGAAGCCAGAGAAUGUAGAGUGGCGCAAAUGCUGCGUUUUCAGACAGGCUGAAUCGAACUCAGAGCAAUACAUUGGCAAGUGGCAACAAACAACACAUUUGGGGUUUAGCGGUUUGGUUUUUGUGAUGAUGGACCGUUUGGCAUCUUUUGGAAACGAUCCUUCUGACAAGCCCCCAUGUCGAGGUUGUUCAUCUAACCUGGUGGAACCCUACAUCAAAUGCGCUGAGUGUGGACCGUCAUCUUUCCUUCUAUGUCUCCAGUGUUUUACCAGAGGGUUUGAGUACAAGAAACAUGAGAGUGAUCACAAAUAUGAAAUCAUGACAUCAGACUUCCCUGUGCUGGAGCCUGGAUGGACAGCGCAGGAGGAGAUUGCUUUGCUGGAGGCAGUCAUGGACUGUGGCUUUGGAAACUGGCAGGAUGUGGCUUAUCAAAUGCGUACCAAAAGCAAAGAAGAAUGUGAGGGCCACUACAUGAAGAACUUCAUCAACAAUCCGCUGUUCUCCUCCACCCUGCUCAGCCUUCGACAGAUGGAGGAGGCUCGUACUGCAGACACAGCCAUUCCUUUCAAACCCACUGAUGACCCCCCCAGGCCCACCUUUGAUUCCAUGUUGUCUCGAGACAUGGCUGGGUACAUGCCAGCCAGAGCAGACUUCAUGGAGGAAUUUGACAACUAUGCUGAGUGGGAUCUGAAAGACAUUGAUUUUGUGGAUGAUGAUUCAGACAUAUUACAUGCACUCAAGAUUGCUGUUGUUGACAUAUACCAUUCAAGGCUAAAGGAGAGAGGAAGAAGGAAAAAGAUCAUCCGGGACCAUGGACUGAUCAACCUGCGAAAGUUCCAGAUCCUGGAGCGCCGUUACCCUAAGGAGGUACAGGACCUGUAUGAUGCCAUGAGACGCUUCGCCAGGGUGGUGGGCCCCAUCGAACAUGACAAGUUCAUUGAGAGUCAUGCGCUGGAGUUUGAGCUGAGGAGAGAGAUCUGCAGGCUACAGGAGUACAGGAGAGCAGGGAUCCAGUCUUUCUGCAGUGCCAAGGUGUACGAGCGUGUGAAGCGUGUGAGGGAGGAGGAGCGGAGGAAGAGGACCAUGCUGGUGGACGUGCUGCAGUACAUCCAGGAUGGUCGGGCCUGCCAGCAGUGGCUCAGCAAACAAGCUGCCAUUGACGCUGGCAUCACUCCUGUUGUCACCACCAUCACCACAUCAGCAACAGGCAGGAGAAGCGCCCCUCCUCUCAACCUGACUGGCUUGCCUGGGACAGAGAAGCUGAACGACAGGGAGAAAGAGCUGUGCCAGGUGGUCCGUCUGGUGCCGGGGGCCUACCUGGAGUACAAGCAGGCCCUGCUGAACGAGUGCCGGCGGCAGGGGGGUUUACGGUUGGCCCAGGCCCGGGCUCUCAUUAAGAUUGACGUCAACAAGACACGCAAAAUCUACGACUUCCUCAUCAAAGAGGGCUACAUCAACAAGGCCUAGAUCAGCCUAGGUUGGACUGUCCCAAGUGGCACACCCCUUGUCCCUGUAGAGCACACUGCUUUUGACCAGGUCCAGUCAAAACGAGUGCAUUGUAUUGGAAAUCGGGUGUUAUUUGGGACAUAUGGGGACUGUUACAGCUGACUGGACACAGAUAACUGGUAUGUGUUCUGCUCAUGUUAUCUUGGUGAAAUGACGCUGUAAUGUCAUGCAAGAUCGACAUUUUAAUGCUCCUCAUUUGUUUGAAUGGUUGUUUUUCUAUUCAAACUUUAAAUGUGUAAUUGACUUCAGGUUCAAAAUGUCUUCUAAACAAACCCACUUUUUUCUUUGUACAAUACUUUGUCGGUUAUCAAGGAGCAGACAACAAAUUGAUACUGUAUUUAUUUCUCCUUGAAU